UGAUAGGGCUAUUGAUUGCUUGACCAGCUCUAGUUUUUGUGUGAAAAAUCUGGCGAAUAGAUUCUGUUAAAAGUUCUUCUGUUACCAAUUCCUCCUGUUAUAACGCCUUUAACCGCCGGUGAGCCGCCCCAGUGAAUUGCGUUUGGCUAAUUGUUUGUCAACGGAAUAGGUAAACCUGCCGCAAUUUGCGAAUACAAAGGCCACACAAACGAAUUGUCGCGUCGCAUUACGUUUCAGUGCUGCCAACUUUUCCGGAGUGCCGGGAAUAUAUUAAAUUGCUGGCUAAACAGACGCGUUGCAGCCGAUAUGUUCACGCCGUUGGAUUGAUUUGCUCGCCCUGUUUAUUCCGAAGAGUCUGAUUUGUGUUCUCCAGCCUCUAAUUUGGUCGGAAAAACGCCGGCGAACUGUCGAACUCUAGCCGGAAAACGGCCAAGCUGGCGGCACUGCCAGAACAAAAAAUGAAGUGAAUUACGGAAAAAAGGGAUAGCUACGAGAAAAGCCAAAAGAAAAGCUGGUAGAGUGUGCAAAUGACAGUGGCCAGCGAGCAUCUUUAUUUCCCAUUCCAUGACGUUUUGUUAAGUUGUCCGCUGCUCUAGGUGGUCAUUAUUAUCAUCGCCACCAACAUUGUCGUCUACGGGGGUCGGUGUUUUUUAGUCAACUACCCACCAGCGAAACGGCCUUGAGGUAACUCAACAGCACCUGGCCAUCUAAGUCUUUAUCAUCACCUUGGUCUGGGUUUCCCAUCACACAGUUCAGAUCCUUUCACAAUCCACAGUUAUGUCAUCUACCGCCGGUAAGCGCAAGGAGAUCUAUAAGUAUCUCGCACCAUGGCCACUGUACUCCAUGAACUGGAGUGUCCGGCCUGAUAAGCGAUUCCGACUCGCACUGGGCAGCUUCAUCGAGGAGUACAACAACAAGGUGCAGAUCAUCAGCCUGGACGAGGACACAAGCGAAUUUAGUGCUAAGAGCACCUUUGACCAUCCAUAUCCGACAACUAAGAUCAUGUGGAUACCGGACUCCAAAGGCGUCUAUCCCGAUCUGUUGGCCACCAGCGGAGACUAUUUGCGGGUGUGGCGUGCCGGCGAACCAGACACACGUCUUGAAUGCGUUCUUAAUAAUAACAAGAAUAGUGACUUCUGCGCCCCGCUUACCUCGUUUGAUUGGAACGAGGUAGAUCCAAAUCUGGUUGGCACCUCCUCAAUAGACACCACCUGCACUAUAUGGGGACUGGAGACUGGACAGCCGCACGCCCGCGUCUAUGUGGCAGGACACGUGAAGACGCAGCUGAUUGCCCACGACAAGGAAGUCUACGACAUUGCCUUUUCGCGGGCAGGCGGCGGUCGGGACAUGUUCGCCUCGGUGGGAGCUGAUGGAUCGGUGCGCAUGUUUGAUCUGCGCCAUUUGGAGCAUUCAACCAUUAUCUAUGAGGAUCCUGCCCACACGGCGCUGCUGCGCUUGGCCUGGAACAAACAGGAUCCGAACUAUUUAGCCACCGUUGCCAUGGACUCGUGCGAAGUUAUAAUUUUAGAUGUUCGUGUUCCUUGUACACCCGUUGCAAGACUGAGCAAUCACAGAGCGUGCGUCAACGGUAUUGCGUGGGCGCCGCAUAGUUCCUGUCACAUCUGCACUGCCGGUGAUGAUCACCAAGCACUGAUCUGGGAUAUACAACAAAUGCCACGUGCAAUAGAGGAUCCAAUUUUAGCCUAUACAGCUGCCGAGGGCGAAGUCAAUCAGAUCCAGUGGGGUGCCACACAGCCCGACUGGAUAGCCAUUUGUUACAACAAAGCGUGCGAGAUUCUACGGGUCUAAGAGUCAAUUUUUUGGUCUGGUCCCUGGCUAUAGCACCUGGUUGCAAUUGCUGAACAACGCACAGUCAACAAAAAACAGAACGUCAGAAAAAACACAUACAACCCACAACAACACACACAUUUGCUGUUGGUAACUUGGAGGCGGAAAGGAGUGAGCUUAAGUUGUAUCGGUUUUUUCAAUACGCUUCCGUCGUUGGUUUAAGGGGGUUCACCCAUGUCUCAGCCGAUCCAACGGUUGCCACGAGAAAAGAUCUCCCAUGUUUUCUAUUUUAUUCCGACCAGAAAACAAAUUUUCGGUUUUUUGAAACCAAGACAAAAGCGAACUCCCUAAUUUUAUUGUCUACCGCAAGAAAGGAAUAAAGAAUAACACAGGAACACAAAAUUUAACUUUGUUAAAUUUCCAGAAACCAUUUCUACUUUAUCAUGAUAAUUGGGUCCUUUUGAGUAAAAGUCUCAUACAAACUUUGUGCCAUCACCUACAGAUUCCGUAAUAUAGCUAAAAAUAAAAAAAAAACAUUUUUUGGCCUACAUAAUUCUACUUUUCUUAAACAUUUUUGCUGAAGCAUAGUCUCAAUACAAAACGGCAUUGCUAACAAUUAGUCCCUAUCUUUAACCAUUGCCCGUGUCUUUGGAACUUAACAACAAAGUUAUAAUUCUCAAUUUUUCACAAUUUCUUGGGAAUCUUGGAAAAUCAACUUGGACGUCAAAUUCCGAAGACAUGGGCCAUGGUUUAAGAUGGGGAUUAUUUUUAGUAAUAUCGUCUUGUAUUAAGAGUGUUUCAGAAAAAUAUUUAAGUUAAGUCAAAUUAUAUAGGUCACUUAAUUCAAAAUGUCGGCGAACAUCAAUUGGUUUAUUCCUAGCUGUACCGCGGUACCUUUAGGUGAUGGAUCACCAGUUUGUAUGAUACUUUUACUCGGGAGGAUCCCAUUAUGACAAACUAGAAAUGGUUGAUGGAAAUUUUUGGCUGUGUUAUUGAAUGAGAAACAGAAAUGGCUUGAAAGAGAGGGAGGCAUGUAAGGGAAAAUCAAGGCGACGGAGCAUGUAUUUUAGAAUUAUUAGCUUAGUUGACCGUACAAGUAUGUAAGUCAUGUCUAUGAGGUAUAACCAAAAUAUGUAUUUUUAAUUAUAGUUUAUUUCACACUUGACAAGACCGCCCAGCCCACGCAAGCCACAAUCUAUUAGAGGCGCUUCAUUUCAUUUAGUUCUUUAUUAUACGUACCCAAGUAGAAUAGAAAGAAGCAAGACAGAAAAAAACAUUUAAAAAAACAAUGUCCUACCUCGUUUUUUCAACUAUGAAUAUUGAUUGUUAACCAAGUUUUUGAGUCUGGCCAAAACAGCGAUAGCAACAGCCACAGCAACACAAAGAAAAAGAAAGUGGAAUGAAGUAGACAGUAACAACGCUUUUUCGAAAUAUUUUUACUUUGUUCAAUUUUUGUAUGAGAACCAAAAACGGGAAACCAACAAAAACAUGAUAUAAAGAAAAAAACCAUGGACUUAAACGAAUGCAAAACAAACAAAAUACGGAAUAAAUUAAAUAUAUAAGUGGAAAUACUUACAUAUAUAAAAGAAUAAAACAAAAACAAACCGAAGAAAAAAUGCACACAACACAGCUAGAUUAUAAUACUAUUUAAAGAUUCAAACUAAAAGCAAAAGCAAAAACAAAUACCGAAAUAUAUGAGCGAGAGAGAAUACAAGAUUGUUGCUAUAUCCAUUUAACAAAGAAACGAAACAGAAAUAAACUAUGAUCAUUUCAGAUAAAACAGGACUCUCCAUGAAUAAUCCCAACAACAUCACAUACUUUCCACAGGACAAAAUCGACUUUUUCAGAUAAAAUCGAAACAAUUUUUUUAUGUAUCUUGUAAUUUAUAGCAGUUUCACAACUUACUUAUAUAUAUAGAUAUGUAUACAAAAGCGAUAGAAGUACCGAUAAUCCCGAUGAUCAUGUUUUGUAAAUACAACAUGAAAGGCAACUUUUAAAAACAAAUCAGCAGUCGGAAGCCGUGAAACUUUUGAGCAAGACUUAGGCCCUGGUUAUGUAUAGCCAUUUAAGAGGACCAUAAACCCCCGAAUAAACAUCCCCCUUAAUCCAAA